AUGUUUCAAUGUUGGUAUGCUGUAUUAUUUUGUAUUGUUUUUGGUAUGCCACCAAAUGAUGAUUUAAUAACAAAAACAUCAGUUGUAAUAGAUGAAAAUUCAAAGUUGCUGAUAUUCGGGUCAAGACAUGGUAAUCGUUAUCCUGGAAAAUUUCUCAAAGAUAAUCCAAGAUUUUGGGGUUACGAAGGAGAUUAUGAACUAACACAGUUUGGCAAACGUGAAGGUUUUGGUUUCGGUAAAGAACUUCGGGAGUUUGUUGGUGGCUUAAUUAAUAAUAAUUAUAUGAGAGAUGAGGUGGCAUUUUAUACAUCCAGCGCAAAUCGUUGUCAGAUGACACUACAGGUAAUAAUGGCAGGGUUAUAUCCUCCUGAUACGUUUGGGGAGUGGAACCAUGCCUUAGAAUGGUCUCCAGUACCUUACACCAUCGAUGACCCAAUGCUACGAACAUAUUCUAUCCCGAACUGUACUGCUAUUCAAAGAGCUUGGGAACCGAUUGCUCACGACAAUCUUCCUGAAUUAGCUCAGAUGACCGCUUCGAAUUUGCCAUUACUUGAAUACAUUGCUCAAAAUACAGGCUGGAAUAAAUCCAUUGAAAGCGCUUCUGAUUUAGCUGAUAAUAUUUUUUUGAUUAACUUAUACAAUACAGGCUUGCCAGAUUGGAUUGAACGACCGACUCUUGAAGGAUACGAUAAGCAAUCACUACAAGAAGCAAUUAUGAUGUUUAUGGAAAAGCAUACUCUUACUUGCGUGAACUAUGAACCAUGUCGAGAUAUUAUGGGUGGCGUUUGGCUUAAUCAUAUUCUCACUGCUCUUCGAAAAAUAGCUGAUGGUCAAAAAAGUCAAAAAAUUCUUGGCUAUGUUUCGCAUUUGGAAACGACAUUAUCAGUGAUGAAGUUGUUAAAAAUAAAUCAAACUUAUUUGAAUACAACAUCAGGAUUUUUGAUAGAAUAUCGCGAUCAACCAAAAAAAUCCGUUCGACUGUUAACUCACGAAACAUUGACCAUUGAUAAGCACAUAAUUGAGCAAGCCAAUUACAUGGAAGAGCUAGAGGCUAUCAGUGAUUCAAGUCAUUGGAUACCUUUUGAGGAAUUCUACAAAGUGACUAAAAGUAAAGUAAUUGUGGACUGGAUGGAAGCAUGUGGUCGAAAAGAAACCUUAUGCAAAACACCCGAAGAUGGGAAUAUGUUAGCAACAAGCAAUAUUACCACCUCUGACCAGAGUGAUAAUUUAGCUGAUAAUCAUGUCACAUUUUCAGCUUCUUGCUCAAAUUAUUUUGACUACAAUCAUUUGUGCUUACUAAUCGUUUUUCUAUUGACAGUAUAUAGCACUCACGAUUUUUUUACUUAA